CUUAAAGCGUACACAACGCUCAGAUGAAACUAUUUUCAAUUUUCUUUGCGGCAAGCCUUGCGCUUUGCUGCGUCCAAGACUCAAGCGCAACGGGUUUGCUUACGCGUCUACUACAUCCCACAACAACAACAACAACUGAGGCAACAACAACAACAACAGCGCGUCCCUUCUUUAUUAACAACAACUUGCCGCAGCUGCAGCCGCAAUGCACUGCAACUUAUGUAUGCAAAAAAAAACUCACACAUCUCGAGUCGCCGUUUCCAUGCGUCAAGUAUUGCGUGCGCCUCAUCGAGUGCCCCAAUAACGUCAAAACACGUGGCAAGCCCAAUCAGUGUGUUGAGCUCGAUGAGCAGCAAGUGCUGGCGCACUACGAGGCCGAGAAAGUGUCCACAACAACAACAGAGAAAAAUAUUAUGCGAGUAGCCAUGAUUGACUUUCCAUGCCAGCCCGGAUAUUUGCCCGACAGUCGCGGACGUUGUCGUGAAAUUUGGUGAAUCUAUUUAACAAACUGUGUGUAUUUCAUAUUAAAAAUAAAAAUUACUUUACAUCUUUUCGA